CAGUGCUUUCGUUUAAUCCUUUGUUUGUAGAUUCUCUACAUAUUUUGAAUUCUACAGUUGCAAUAAUACUUCACCAAAAUUUCAAACAAAGCCUCGGGUUGGCAGUGCUACUUCGUCAUCGUCCCGGUUUCACUAUGGUUACUUCCAAUCGGAGAACGCCGCCGUUAUUUCUUUCCAGACUUUGAAACUACACUUUCCACCCAAGUUUUCACUAAUGGGAAAGAACCCUAAAUCUUCUGCUCAUCCUGUUGCAACCCUUCAAUCCAAACCUUACGAAGACAGUUCCUACGAAGGUGAACGUCUCGAUGAGUUGCUACUGUCGAUUCAGAGAGAGAUAAAGACAGCUAGAGGUUUGAAUGCGGAAUCCUUGCCGGAAAAAUUUUGGCUUAAGAAACAGUUUGCAAUUGGAGUUAAUGAGGUUACUAGAGCUCUUGAACGGAUGACACCAUGUGGGGAUUCUGCUCGCUUAAUGAACCCUAAUUAUAAGGCGUGUAAAGUCAAGCUUCAGGUAGUCUACUCGGUUAUUUAUGUUGGGCAAUGCUAUCUUGGGUUUAGACUCGCUAUACUGUUAACAGCCAAUUGCAACCCUCGAUGGCUUACAAACCAUGUGCCUUGCUUGGCCAUGUCUAGGAAGGUACCAUUGAUACUCGUGAAAGAUAAAGAAGGAUCAUUAAGGUUAGGUGAACUCGUUAACCUUAAAACAGCAAUUGCAAUUGGAAUAAAGUCGAAUGGGAGCCCUGUUAAUCAACUUAUUGAUGAAAUUCUUCAAAGAACAAAAUAAAGACACGUUUCAUGAGUACAACCAAGUUGUCCGGUGUUCACUGUACAGUAAAAAUGAUGUGAAAUUGAAGCAGGUUCUUAUCUUCUUCCCUCUAGCAGUCUGAAAUGUCUAGCUUGCUAAUCACAUGAAAUGGGUUCGAGUUGAUUCAUUCUAGAUAAUGACCACCACUUUAGUUGGAAAGAUAGCUCGUAGAUUUGGGGAAUGUUGAUCUUUUGAAAAAGGUUGUUUGUGGCUGGAGUUCGGAAAAUUCGUAGUAACAUGUGUCUUGUACAUUCGAUUGGAGGUUAUGGAGAUGAAAGAUUACUUGUGUUUGGUAUGCCUUACAUUGUUUGUGUUAGACAUGAAUUUAUAUUCCUAUUAAUUCCUAUUAAAUCCAUCCAUUUAAAAUCAA